AUGUCCAAGAACUUUAGGUUCUCUGUGAGAACUUUUACAAACACAACAGCACGUCUUGCCAACUAUGGAAAGCCGCAGAACCCACCUAUUGAUCCAACAUUGCACAUGAGAAUCUCCCCUAUUGAAAGGACAGGAGAAACUAUCGACGUGAAACGUGCUAGAUUAGUAUACCAGUCAAGAAAAAGGGGGAUCCUUGAGAGUGACUUGCUACUCAGCCGUUUUGCCAAAAAGUAUCUCAAGCAAAUGACCAUGGAGGAGUUGGAUGAAUACGAUAAGCUUUUGGACGAAGCCGAUUGGGAUAUAUAUUACUGGGCCACGAAAAACUAUGACACAACUCCAUUACCAAAGAAGUGGGAAGACUCCAAGAUCUUGAAGCUUUUGCAGAAGGAGGCAGAGAACGAAGAACGUGUCAUUUUGAGGAUGCCAGAGUUGGAUGAAGGUGACUUUAUAAAUGGUGGGAAAGAGACCAGUCUGUCUGAAGUCAAAAACUAA